AUGGCGAGAAAAUCGGCCGUCAAUAUUGUCCUUGGGGCUAUGACCAUCGGCAAUGGCAAAGAACAGUCUCGAGUUACCGAUCUGGACAAGGCAAAAGAACUCUUGCAUAUCUUCCAAUCUCACAGCCACAAUGAGAUUGACACCGCGCGUUAUUAUGGCUCUGGAACAUCCGAAGAGUAUCUCGGCAAACUUCAAUGGCAGGGUCGAGGCCUUAUUAUAGACACAAAGAUCUACCCGACGGUAGUGUUGCCAACAGACGAGGACAAAUGGACUCACAGGCCGGAACACUUACGAGAAUGUCUCAGACAAUCUUUAAAAGCCCUACAAGCCGACAAAAUAGCCAUGUGGUAUCUGCAUGGCCCUGAUCGGUCAACACCCUAUGUGGAUACACUGAGAGCAGUCAACGAGCUUCAUAAAGAGGGACUAUUCGAUCGUUUUGGCAUUUCCAAUUAUAUGUCAUGGGAAGUGGCUCAAAUCUGCGAGAUCUGCGACGCCAACAACUGGAUCAGACCGGCGGCUUAUCAAGGCGUUUACAACGUGUUGCAAAGAACAGUUGAGGCUGAGCUCUUUCCUUGCCUGAGGAAUUAUAGCAUGGCAUUCUAUGCGUAUAAUCCACUUGCUGGGGGCUUUCUGACCGGCAAUAUAGGGAAGAACACCUCUGUAGAGAAAGGGUCUCGAUUUGACCCGGAACUAGCACAGGGGAAGGGCUAUCGAGCGCGAUAUUGGAACGAUGCGUACUUUGACGCAGUGGAGAUGAUAAAGCUGGCUGCUGAUAAGCAUGGCUUGAGAGUCGCUCAGGUUGCUCUACGAUGGAUGACGGCGAAUAUCCAGAUUCUGUGUUGA